AUGUAUCUCUCAAAUCUCUCAUACGUUCUGGGGUGUUUGCCUCUUCUCGCUACUGCCGCACUUAGCAAACGUCAGAAUUCAACUGCACCUACGGUCCAAGUACUGAAUGGUAGCUACUAUGGCGUCCACUCCCAAGAGUACUCUCAGGAUUACUUCCUCGGCAUCCCUUUUGCUCGACCACCAGUUGGCGACCUCCGUUUCCGUCCUCCGCAAUCUCUAAACACCACGUUCAACGACACUCGCAACGCAACCGAGUACUCCCCCGCAUGUAUCGGCUACGGCUCCGACACCUGGGUCCUUGGAAAUUACAUUUCUGAAGAUUGUCUGACCGUCAAUGUCAUUCGUCCAGAGGGUGUAGCGCCUGGUACUAAUCUUCCUGUUGGUGUAUGGAUUUAUGGCGGUGGCAAUACCAAUGGUGGAAAUAGCGAUCCUAGAUAUAAUGCUAGCUUCAUUGUCAGACAGAGUGUGCAGAUGAGAGCGCCUAUGAUUGUGGUGCAAUUGAAUUAUAGGUUGCAGGCCUGGGGGUUCUUGUUUGGGAAUGAGGUUGUGGAGAGUGGAAAUGCGAAUCUGGGGAAUAGAGAUCAGAGAUUGGCUUUGCAAUGGGUUCAAGAAAACAUCGCAGCUUUCGGAGGCGACCCCUCUAAAGUAACCAUCUGGGGCGAAAGUGCUGGCGCCUCAGGGGUAGGAAUGCAACUCCUGGCCUACGGCGGUAGAAAUGACAACCUCUUCCGCGCAGCCAUAGUCCAAUCCGGCGGACCAGUUGCCUCCUCCCGCCUUCUCACCCCCUCCCAAUGGCAACCCUACUACAACAAUAUCACCCUCGCAGCCGGUUGCUCCAACGCAACCGACACCCUCGCCUGUCUCCGCACCAUCCCAACCGACACCCUCUCUUCCAUACUCAACUCCACCGUAACAACCGGCUUCCCCUGGGGCCCCCAAGUCGACAACGACUUCCUCCUCGCCCCCUUCACCGCCUCCCUCCAAGCCGGCAACUUCGUCCGCGUCCCCAUCCUCACGGGCCGCAAUCACGACGAAGGAACCGAUUUCGCUCCAAAGGGCAUCAAUACCACCGACCAAUUCCUUGCCAACGUCCGCUCCCAAGGCCCAGACAACGCAACCGCCGUCACAAUCGCGGCUCUCUACCCAGAUAUCCCAGCCAUCGGCAUCCCCGCCACUCUUGACGGCCGUCCCACCGGGCCCCUCGCAUCCUACGGCGUGCAGUGGAAGCGUAUCUCCUCCUACAUUGGCGACCUACGUCAACACGUGCCCCGCCGCAUCGUGAAUCAAGUCUGGAGCAAGUACAACGUGACGAACUACAGUUAUCACUUUAACGUCAUCCCGAAUGGGGCGGGUGCGUGGUUAGGCAGUGGACAUUUCCGGGAGGUAGCAUUCGUCUUUGAUAAUACGGAUGGUCUGGGGUAUAAGAACGUCGUUGCCGUGAAUCCUUUUGAGGGGAAGGGCGAGGAGUUCUUUUUGUUGGCCAGACUGAUGAGUCGCAUGUGGGUUAGUUUUAUUACGGGGGGGAGUCCGAAUGAUUCUGGUGUGAGUUGUGUCAACUGGCCCGAAUAUACGCUCGAGAAUCCUAGGAAUAUGGUGUUCGAUGUUAAUGUCACGAAAUUGGCGUAUGUGGAGCCGGAUACUUAUCGUGCCGAGGGGAUUCAGUAUCUUGCGGAUCGGUUUGCGGAUGUUUAUAAUAGAUAG